AUGGAUGGUGUGGAUGCUUUCUACAAUCUUCACGAUGAACCCGGCGGCUACUUUGCAAAGCUGCUGAAUCUGCCCCCGAUCGGGAGACCUGGAACGGAGACUUUGUUUUUCUCGUCUUUCGGUAUCCGGAAUCCGGCUAGCUUCUGCUUAACGCGGAUCUUGGCGAUCUGCCUUACUGCUGUGUAG